AUGACGCUGUCAGUGUUUUUGCUGCUGGCCCUGCUGGGUCUGUCCUCAGCCAGUCUGCAGGACAUUGUGAAGAUGAGCUCACUGCACAGAAAAGUUUCUUUCCUGAACCCAGCGCUGGAGGGUCAAGUGCCUGAAGCAACUCGUAACAAAGUGUUGGGCCCUCUGGCUCCUGCCGACCUAGAGCAACAGCAGGAUCUACCUUCCUCUUUAAUUUUCGGUAAUAACGUUAACCUGGAGUGGCUGACCUGGAGCGGUUCUGUGCCCAAUGGCGCAGUUGCAAUCUACAAUGGCUACACCGAACGCACCGACUACGUCUGCAAGUACAAAUGUGAGGCUGGCUUCUACAACCCCAUUCUGGGCCCCUACUGCCGCUACCCCUACGGAGAUAGUGAGUACUACGCCCCCGAGUUUGAGAUCCUGACCAACAAAGACAACUUUGAGUUCCUGGAGUGGAAGGAAGGUUCCUAUGGUUCAGUGCCCCAAAAUUCGGUUAGAACAUGCCCAGGUGUUGGCAUCUACGUUGGGAAGAACAAGUAUGGUCUUGGGAAGGUUGUUCCUCAGUUCGAAGCCUUCUUCCUGCCUUGGGAAGGUGAUGAGUACUGGUACAAGAGUUACCAGGUCCUGGCCAUCAACAGGGAUGCCUACACCCAGCACAUUUCUGACGUCAAGUACGGCAUUGAUGAGGUCGCAAUCUUCCAGUAUCCUCCUGAAACCAUGCGCAUCUCCGGGGUCACCAACAACGAGUGCCAGACGGUGGAGAAGACAGUCACCAUUUCAAAGACCACAGAGCUGGAGACAACCUGGAACAUUGGCCGAUCCACCAUGCUCGGUAUCACUGGCAGCAUCACAGCUAAGAUCCCCUUCAUCGGCUCCGGUGGCAUUGAGCUGGGCGGGGAAAAGACCCUGCAGUUCUCCAGAGGAACCACCGUGGUGGAGUCCAUGAGCCAUUCAGUGUCUGUGGCGCUCACCGUCCCCCCUAACCACUCCUGCAGAGUCCGUAUGGAGGGACGCAAGAUCAAAGCGGACAUUCCCUACACAGCCCGUCUCAGCCGAACCUACCGUAACGGAGAGAGCCAGUGGACGUCCAUCUCUGGCACAUAUGACGGAGUCCAGAUUGGAGAAGUCAGAGCUGUAGUGGACCGCUGCGAACCUGUUGUUGAUGCCAAGCCAUGCCCGUGAAAGACUGACAGACAUCUGAUGUUUGUGAUUUUGGAUGCAAAUUAUUUGUCUGAAUAAGUAAA